CAAUAACAGAUCCAUUCAUUGAUCUCAGCAUUCCUUCAACAUCCAUGGCGGAAUUCCUCACCUUGAAGCCCUACUCUCCUCCUCCAUGGGCUUCUCACCUUCACCCAAUUCCCUCUCAUUCCUUCUCCCUCGCUCACGUUCCUACUCCGAUCCACCGGUGGAAUCUGCCCAACCUCCCCAUUGGCGCGGAGGUUUGGAUAAAGCGCGACGACCUCACUGGCAUGGAACUUAGUGGCAACAAAGUCCGGAAGCUGGAGUUCCUGAUGGCGGAGGCUGUGGCUCACCAAGCCGAUUCCGUCAUCACCAUCGGAGGCAUACAGAGCAACCACUGCCGUGCCACCGCCGUCGUCUCCAACUAUCUCAACCUCCGUCCCUAUCUCAUUCUCCGCACCUCCAAGCUUCUGGUCGACGAAGAUCCUGGAUUGGUCGGGAAUCUCCUGGUCGAGCGUCUCGUCGGUGCUCACGUUAAUCUCAUCUCUAAGGAAGAGUAUGCCUCCAUUGGCAGUGUGGCCCUCUCUGAUGUUCUUAAAGAGAGGUUGGAAAAUGAAGGAAGAAAGCCCUACGUUAUUCCUGUCGGUGGUUCCAACUCUCUGGGAACUUGGGGCUAUAUUGAAGCUGCAAGGGAAAUCGAGCAGCAGCUCCAGAGUAGGUCUGAUGGCUUAAAGUUUGAUGACAUCAUCGUAGCGUGUGGCAGUGGAGGUACAGUUGCUGGUAUUUCGUUGGGAUCAUGGUUGGGUCCUCUAAAAGCAAAGGUUCAUGCUUUCUCGGUUUGCGAUGAUCCUGAUUACUUCCAUGACUUCGUCCAAGGCCUUCUUGAUGGACUUCAAGCUGGCGUUAACUCACAUGAUGUUGUUAGUAUCCACAAUGCCAAAGGACUAGGAUAUGCCAUGAACACUUCGGAGGAGCUUCAAUACGUAAAGGAAGUAGCAAAUGCCACUGGUGUCAUUCUUGAUCCUGUUUACAGCGGGAAAGCUGCAUAUGGUUUGAUGCAAGAGAUGGCCAAAGAUCCCAAGAAAUGGGAGGGGAGGAAGAUAUUAUUCAUACACACUGGUGGACUUCUAGGGCUGUAUGAUAAGGUUGAUCAGAUGGCUCCCUUGGUGGGGAGUUGGGGCCGAAUGGAUGUUCAAGAAUCCGUUCCAAGGAAAGACGGUAUUGGGAAAAUGUUCUAGGAGAUCCAAAUGUAAUUUGUAAUCGUGUGAAUAAGAGACCUAUGGCUGUUUCAUGCAUCUGGUCUGAAAUCAGAUCAUAAAGAGCAUUUGUAUUCUUGAUUUUGAUGUACUCUCUUUUAUGGUUGAGGACAAUAAUAAGUUUCUUAAAAAUAGUUGGUACAGCUUCCUCUU